AUGAAAAAUUCGCCUAGGACUGAAAUGACCUUGGCUAGUAGAUGGAAAAUUCUGAAUAAAGAGUUAGGGAAAUGGAGAGAUGUCUUGGCAAAAGCAAGGGACAACAUUCGAAGCGGUCAACAUCUUUCUGACAAGAUCCUACAAGCACAAUGUUGGGAAGUUGUGAAGAAUUGUUCGAGAUUCAAAAUUAUUUCCACCAGUCCGCAGAUUGUGUUGAAUGAGAUGCCGCUCCACGAUUCGCCAUUGGACUCCCCAAUAGAUCAAGACUCACCACUCCCACAUGUGCCGAGACCUAUUGGGAGAAAGACGGCAAAGACCAAGAGAGGGAGCACUUUGAACAAUGAAUGUGCACAAUUUUUAGAGCAAAUAGCUAAGAACAACGCACUGAGAAUUGAGAGACUUGAAAAGAGAAGAAGCGAACAAGGCACGACAUGA